AGUUGCAAGUGGAUUCCUUAGAUCACUUUUGAAAUUGUGAGUAGCGUCGCAGAAAACGGGGCUUUAGAGCGAGCCAUCUACACAAGAAAGCGCGGAUCAACAUUUUGAAAACAUUCUAACUUGGCAGCGAGAUCACCAGACACAAACACAAGCACCACGAAAUGUGCUUACAACUAUGGUUGCCCACAACUGAAGGGGUUGCGUCAAGAUCAUCAGAGGAAUCAUUACACACCAAGUACGAGAUUGCCAUGAAAACAACAUCGUUUGAGCAUUUCUGCGAGGAAGUCCGCAGGACUAUUGAUGGUACUCUCUCUCAGUCCCCUUCUCAUAUCAAAAAUCCCCUGCGACAAUUCCUUUUGCCCGAUGAGGAACAUAUUAAUACCCAUGUCCUUCAACAAUACAUCAACAAACCAGAGCUACAGACAUUGCUAACACAAUAUUUUAGCAAUACCCAGAAUGCUUUUGAGCUCUGUGCUCGCCUUCUCAAAAGUACCCACCACGCUAGGAUGAGUUACAGGGCAAUUCGAGAUAUAAAUUUCAGGCUACAAUCUACAAAUUUUGAUUUUCAGGAAGAAGAAUGCCGUCGCAUUAGAGGAGAAUUCAAGUUAUUUGUUGAGCAGGAAAACCCAUUUGGGCAGGCUGCCCAAUUCGAUGAAAUUUGUAAUUCUUUGGAGGAAUUGAAUCAACUGCCAGAGUUGAGGCCUGAAAAUAAGCCUAAGUUUUUUUGGGUUGCAGAAAAACAGAGCGCACAGCUUGAUGGCGCCGCCAGGGGGAUUUAUGUAUUGAAAAAUCACCUGAAAACCACCAGAGUUCUGGUUGCUGGGUUGUAUGAUGUAGUCGAAAACACUAAAACUAUAAUGGGGGUUUGCCUUGCAAGAGAAGAUGAAGUUUACCCCCUUCAACAGGUGGGAAAACUUUUGGAGAGAAAUGACAGCGGAUUUGGGCAGAGGUUCGAUGAAAUUGAAGAACAGGGCUGCCUGUGUUUGCGCAACAUUAACAGAGCAAGGAUGCUGCUUCUUCAAAUCCACCAUUAAAACUUAAACAUAUGUCCGCCCCUUUCUCAUUUGAAUGAUUUUCAGAUCUUGUUUAUCUUCUGAACAUUUUAAAAUUGAUUUCUUUCCUUUGAUUCUUAUA